GCUGUCUUUUUCAUGUUUUUGAAAACAACACAUGUUUGGCCCAUUUUGCCUGCUCAAAAAGUCAAAACCUUUAAAAAAUAAUCAAUUUCAAUUCAUAGACGUAGUUCAACUAAAUAAACACUAUCAAAAUGCCGAAAGCCAAAAAGAAGUUUAUAGACCGAAAAAAAGCAGUAACGUUUAAUCUGGUGCAUAGAUCCCAGAGGGAUCCUCUGGUGGCUGAUGAGAGCGCCCCGCAGCGUGUUCUGGUGCCAGUGAAUGCCAAUAUACCUGCAAGAAAAGAGAAAGAACCCGAAUUAACACCUGAGCAGAGAAGAGAGGAGCAGAUGAAGUAUGGAGUAUACUUUGAUGAUGACUACAACUAUUUGCAACAUCUCAAAGACACUAGGGAGGUCACACUGGUGUUACAGCCUAAAUCCUCUCACAAAAGGAAGCAAAAGCCAGUCUCUCAGAGCCAGGACAGUAGUGAUGAAGACACCAAGGAAGGCACGGAAACACUACAGCUACCCAGCUCAGUGUUUGCAUCAGAGGUGGAAGAAAAUGUUGGAUUACUAAACAAGGCUGCUUCACAAGGACUUUGCCUUGAUUUGGACCCAGAUGUAGUGGCCGCUUUAGAUGAAGACUUUGAUUUUGAUGAUCCAGACAAUCAAUUAGAUGACAAUUUCGUUGAGCUGGCCAUGGCUGAAGGUGGUUCUGACGAUGAAGAUGAUAGUGAUCAAGACAGUAUGUCCGGUGAUGAUUGUUCCGAUAAAGCCUUUGUAUCUGAUGAUGAUGAUGAUGACAGUGACAUGUCACAGGAGGGUAGACACAAGAUGCCAUCGUGGGGAGACAAAGACGAGACCAAAUCACGAUUCUCCCAAUACUCUAUGUCUUCCAGCGUCAUUCGGAGAAACCAGGGACUGUCCCUACUUGACAACAGGUUUGAAAAGAUGUUUGAGGAAUAUGACGAUACAGAAGUAGGCGCGUUAGACCUAGAAGAGAUAGAAGGGUUUCUGCCGGAGUCACAUAAGAGAUUGCUAGAAGCAGCUGAAGAGUUCGAAGAAUCACAGAGAAGAUACCAGCUCGAUAAGGAGAAGGAAAUAGCCAGAAUCCAGCGCCUUCAAGAAAUACAAGAAGAAUCAGAAGAGGAUGACCUGGUCACGGUGGAAGUGGACAACAAAGAAAAGUGGGACUGCGAGACCAUCCUGUCCACUUACUCCAACCUUUACAAUCAUCCUAAGAUCAUAGAGGAACCUAAAAAGCCCCAGAAAAUCAAAAUCAACCCUAAAACGGGCAUCCCGGAAGAUAUCCUCGGCGCGCAGAACAAACUGACGCUCAAGUCACUCGCCAAGUUUAACGCGGAGCAGAAGAGCCACAGCAAUGACGCGUCCGACGACGACGGAGUCACCGACGCGGACACCGUGCUGUCCACGCUGAGCGUUUUGUCCAUAAGACCGAAAGAAGAAACUCCAGAAGAAAAGAAAGAAAGAAAACGCCUCCUCAAAGAAUAUAGGAAGGAAAGAAGAGUAGAGAAGAAAGCCAACAAAGAGGCUUUCAGGGAUGAGAAGAAACGACAGGAGAAGAUUAUGAUGAACAACAGAAAUAAUGUUCAAGGGAAUAAAAUUUUAUAAUGUAAUAAAUAUAUAUUUUAAAUAUUA